AUGUAUGCUGCAGUGAACCUAUGGUCAGCAAAGAAUUUCAACUCACAUCAUGCAGCAAAAUAUCUUGUAUGUGUGAAAGCUGGAGCUGGUGAUGAAGCAAGUGAAGGAACGAACGUUGACCAAUUAUCAGCUAACAAUCCACUUAUGCAAAUGAUACGUGAAAAUAUGGUCGGUUCAGUGGAAUAUCUGCAAGCGGCGCACUCUGAUGAUGAAGCAGGUGAAGUGGUGAACGCUGGCCUUUUAUCGAUUAACGAUCCGCUUAUUCGACUAGUGCAUAAUAGUCCGAUCAAUGCAAUCAGAUAUCUGCUAGCGGGAAACAGGACUGGUAACAACUCGGAAACGAUCAGUUCCACUGAGAGAUUCAUCUGCAAUCCGGAUACAGUAAAUUCUACCGAUGGGUUCAUCUGUAAUCCGGAAACAGUAAAUUCUACCGAGGGGUUCAUCUGUAAUCUGGAAACAGUAAAUUCUACCGAGGGGUUCAUCUGUAAUCCGGAAACAGUCAAUUCUACCAAGGGAUUCGUCCACAAUCUGGAGACAAGCAAUUCCAACAAUCCAUUUAUUCGAUUGACACGUGAUAGUCUGAUCAACGCAAUUAAUCAUAUUCGUGCCGGACACUGGACUGGCAACAACUCGGAAACAGUCAGUUUCACCCAGAGAUUCAUCUGCAAUCCGGAAACAGCCAAUUCUACCGAGGGAUUCAUUUGCAAUCCGGAAACAAUCAAUUCCACUAAGAGUUUCAUCCGCAAUCCGGAAACAGCCGAUUCCAUCGUGACAUUCAUCUGCAAUCCGGAAACCAUCGAAAAUUCCACCGUGACAUUCAUCUGCAAUCCGGAAACAAUCUAUUCCAAUUUAUUUAAUCGACAAUCCGGACACUGGACUGGCAACGAUUCGAAAACAGUCCAUUCUAAGGUGAGAAAUGGUCCAUUCUUCUGCACUCUGGAAAUGGUCAAUUCCGGCCGGACAGUCGUCUGUAUUCCGUAA